AUGGAGAAAGGCAACAUGGCGCAAGAGCGCGGCAGCGAGGUUGAUACCAAAACACCGGACCCGCCAAGCCAGCAUGGAGACACGCGCCUGGAAGGGUAUUCCCAGUUCACAGUAGCCCAGAAGCGGGCUAUUGUUGCCAUGGGAUCCCUGGCUAGUUUCUUCUCACCCUUGUCUUCGAGCAUCUAUCUGCCCGCCUUGGCCACUAUCGCGGAUUCCCUGCAUAUCUCCGUCUCCCAGGUGAACUUGACAGUCACUACAUACCUGAUUAUGCAGGGGGUGGCACCCAUGCUAAUCGCAGGCUUCUCAGACACCGCAGGCCGCCGUCCCGCUUACAUCAUUUGCUUCACAAUUUACCUUGCAGCAAACCUGGGACUAGGUCUCCAGAACAGCUAUGCUGCCCUCCUGGUUCUCAGGUGUCUCCAGAGCGCAGGUAGUAGCGGGACUGUGGCCCUGGCAAACGGUUUGGUCGGCGACAUGAUCACGUCCGCGGAACGAGGCUCAUACAUCGCCUUCGCUUCAAUCGGGAGCAUGUUAGGUCCCUCUAUGUCACCAAUUAUUGGCGGUCUUCUCAGUCAGUACACUAACUGGCACUGGAUCUUUUGGUUUCUGCUCAUCUUCGGUGGCGUGUUCUUCCUCGUCCUCGGUCUAUUUCUGCCGGAGACUUGUCGCAAAGUCGUCGGAGACGGUUCCAUCCCACCACCUUCUUUGAAUAACUCACUGGCGGAUAUUAUUCGGCAUCGCACGCGCAAACGGAAGGGCCUCGUGACUGACCCGGACAAGGAAGCUGAGGUGCGGAAGAACUACUCUCUCCGAUUCCCAUCGCCGGUCCCGACUAUGAAGGUCGUCCUCGAUAUCGAGACGUCGAUCAUCCUACUCACCACAGGACUCCUGUUUGCUGGUUUCUAUGCUGUCAUGACUGGUGCGUCGACUUCCUUCCACAAACUCUAUCACUUCGACGACAUCCAUGCUGCGUUGAUGUACCUCCCUAUCGGCGGAGGAGGGGUACUGUCAGCCUUCACAACUGGACGACUGGUUGACUGGAACUACCGCCGCCAUGCAAAGCGUGCCGGUCUGACUGUCGUCAAGAAUGCGCGUUCGGACAUCCGCAAUUUCAACAUUGAGCGUGCAAGGCUGGAAGUCGCACUCCCACUUUACUAUAUUAGUAACCUGUCGAUGCUGACCUACGGCUGGGUCUUGGGUCACAAGGUCAACCUUGCUGCUCCUAUCAUCCUUUUGUUUAUUACCGGAUGGUCUAUCAUUGGUACAUCGCAGGUAUUGAAUGCUCUGAUGGUUGAUCUCUGGCCGGGGAAGUCGGCGACUGCGACUGCAGCAAACAAUCUCUUCAGGUGUGAGCUCGGUGCUGCGGCGUCGGCGGCGAUCAGCCCUAUGCGCUCCGCUAUGGGCGAGGGCUGGGCGUACACCACGCUUGCUUUGAUCUCCAUUGGUGUAUCUCCUUGCUUGUGGAUAGUCGCGUCUAAUGGGAUCAAGUGGCGACAGAGGAGAAAUCGAAAGGAGGAAGAGAAAUCGCCCGGUGGACAGGACUAA